GUAGGGUGGACUCUUGAGGAGAACAUGAAGCUUUUCACGCAGGAGCUGGUAGUGUUGUUGUGGAAGUCCUUAUGCAGGUGUUUGUUGAUGUUGGAGGAGUACUGCAGGAAGAAUGGCUUACUUUGUGACGGCUUGUCUAUGAGAUGCAGUAGAGGGCGUAAGAGCGGUCUAUUGUGAAGGGAUGAAAUCUGAUGAGUUCCCAGGUCUGUGGCCACAGGCCGUUGAAGAAGAGAAGCGAUGGCAAGGCCAAGAAAGCACAUCCCCAGCCCCACGGGGGAACACAAGCCAGCUGAGGCACUGGCCAGCAGCGUGCUACUGUAUCCUGCAUGAAGACUCGAUGUGCCAGAUUCGAGCCAUCUACAACCCCAAGUCCAUCCUGGAGAAUCCCUAUGAGAACUUUGAAGAGGUGGGGGAUCCACUUCCCUACCGGACAGAGCAGAACAAAGCUGUAGAUGGGAAGACAAGUCCUCUCCUCAAGUGCUGCGUCUACAUCUUCAGAGGCAUCCGAGGUCUGUGGGGCACUACGCUCACUGAGAACACAGCUGAAAACAGAGAGCUUUAUGUGAAGACCACUCUACGAGAGCUUCUAGUCUAUAUUGUGUUCUUGGUGGACAUUUGUCUAUUGACAUAUGGAAUGACAAGUUCCAAUGCCUAUUACUACACCAAAGUGAUGUCUGAGCUCUUCCUGCAGACCUCUUCAGACAGCCGUGUCUCUUUCCAGUCCAUUGGCAGUAUGGCUGACUUCUGGGUGUAUGCACAAGGUCCUCUUCUGGAUAAUCUUUACUGGACAAAGUGGUACAACAAUGAGUCCCUAGCAGCACACAAUACCCAGUCAUACAUCUAUUAUGAGAACCUGCUGCUGGGUGUCCCACGGAUGCGACAGCUGAAGGUGAAGAACAAUUCCUGUGUGGUCCAUGAUGACUUCAAGGAGGAAAUCUCAGGCUGCUAUGAUGUAUACUCAGAAGACAAGGAGGAAAGAUUCUCCUUUGGACUUGUCAAUGGAACGGCGUGGAGGUACCAUUCUGAGGAAGAGCUGGGUGGCUCAUCUCACUGGGGAAGACUAACCAGUUAUAGUGGGGGAGGAUACUACAUAGACCUCAAGUUGACCAGAGAAGAGAGUGCUGAAGCCCUGCAAAUCUUGAAGGAGAAGUUGUGGCUGGAUCGGGGGACACGAGUUGUCUUCAUUGAUUUCUCUGUGUAUAAUGCAAAUAUCAAUCUGUUCUGUGUUCUGAGGUUAGUGGUUGAGUUUCCAGCCACUGGUGGUGCCAUCCCCUCCUGGCAAAUCCGGACAGUCAAGCUUAUACGAUAUGUCAGUGCAUGGGACUUCUUCAUUGUUGCCUGUGAAAUUGUCUUCUGUGUCUUCAUCUUCUACUAUGUGGUGGAGGAGAUUUUGGAGCUGCGUAUCCACAAGCUUCAUUACUUCACCAGCAUCUGGAACAUCUUGGAUGUGGUUGUCAUUCUGCUCUCCAUCGUUGCUAUUGGUUUUCACAUCUUUCGCACCAUUGAGGUGAACAGACUGUUGGGGGAGUUGUUGAAACACCCGGACACCUAUGCAGACUUUGAGUUCUUGGCAUUCUGGCAGACUCAGUACAACAACAUGAAUGCAGUCAACUUAUUCUUUGCCUGGAUCAAGAUAUUCAAGUAUAUUAGCUUUAACAAAACAAUGACACAGCUCUCCUCCACACUGGCACGUUGUGCCAAGGACAUCCUGGGCUUUGCCAUUAUGUUCUUCAUUGUCUUCUUUGCCUAUGCCCAGCUGGGUUACCUUCUUUUUGGGACACAAGUGGAAAACUUCAGUACCUUUGUUAAAUGCAUCUUCACCCAGUUUCGGAUCAUUCUUGGUGACUUUGACUACAAUUCUAUUGACAAUGCCAACAGGGUCCUCGGGCCUAUUUAUUUUGUCACCUAUGUGUUCUUUGUCUUCUUUGUGCUCCUGAACAUGUUUCUGGCCAUCAUCAAUGACACCUACUCAGAAGUCAAGGAGGAACUUUCAAGCCAGAAGGAUGAGCUGCAGCUCUCAGACAUCUUGAAGCAGAGUUACAACCGGACACUCAUGAGGUUGAAGCUGAAAAAGGAGCGGAUUUCUGAUGUGCAGAAAGCACUGCAGAAUGGAACUAAAGAACUGGACUUUGAGGACUUCAAGAACAGUUUGAAAGAACUGGGCCAUGCAGACCAUGAGAUCACGGCAGCUUUCUCCAGGUUUGACAAAGAUGGCAACCACAUCCUUGAUGAAGAGGAGCAGCAGCGGAUGAAGCAUGACCUAGAGGCAAAAAGGGUUGCUCUGAAUACAGAGAUUGAAAAUUUGGGGAAAUCCUAUGGUGGCAACAACUUAGAUGAGAGUCUGACCUAUGUGGAAGCAAAGAAUAACCAUGCCAGUAAGGCCAGCUGGGUCUCCAAAGAAGAGUUCCAAGUCCUCCUGCAACGUGUGUUGCAUCUGGAACAGUCCAUAAACAGCAUUGGCUCCAAGAUUGAUGCAGUGGUGAGCAAGCUCGAAGUCCUGGAAAGAAACAAGCUCAAGAGGAAGGACCUGAUGGGCAAGCCACUGGAUAGUGGUAGGAAGGAGGAAGAACCCAGUCAGGAAGAAGUGCUCCCCAAGAACCUAGACCAGCUGGUGAACAAAGAAGCAGAAGGCUGGGGAGUGGAAUGUCUACAGGGAAACAACCCAAGUGGUAGCUCUUCCCAAAAUGGGGUCUACCCCAUCUUGCCCAGGUCAAGUGUACCAGGGUCUCAGGUGCCCAAGAACAUCCAACUGCAAUCUGACGUGCACUUCUAGUGAACAGCCCAGUGCUCUCAGUCUGGCUCCCACAGUACUAAGUCACUGUCAGCUCUUUUCCCCGCUGUUAGAAUAGUCAGAACAGCUGAACACAGACACCACUCUUGCCAGGGACUGAUGACGGGAAAAAUCAGGGAUGCUCUUUACCAGUGUAAUGAAGUGUGAUGUCACAGACCUGAAACUUCCGGCCCCACUGUCUCUGGACUAGGUGGAAAUUUGGAACCAGGCAUUGUACGAGGUUUCUGUCUCUAAACAGGACAACUUAAAGUACUUUUACCUAUACUUUUCCAACAUGUAAAGACCUCAGAGCUCUGGAAACACUUGGAUCUAAGGUGGGAAAUUGCAACUUGUUCUCUACAAUGUAUGCUUACUCUCAGAACUGUCUGCAGGAAAAGAGGUGGUAAAUGUAAACAAGGCAGAAUAUAAUCAUUAGUGUGAGAUAGAAAGGAGAGAAUAGUUAUUUGCAUCUACCUGGUUACCACCAACUUUGUUCUGUUGUAAUUUGUUUCCAGAACACAUUGGUAACUCUCUCUGUACCUUAGAUUCAGAAUUUGAGAAAAGGGGAUAUAAACAUCUAACUCAGGAUAAUUAAAACGAGAUUUGACUCCCAGUGUAACUAGGAGGAGAUCUGAAAUACAAAUGGAGAAACAGCUGUUACUGGUAGAGUCCUGGGUCUGAAAGUUAGGGAACAGACUUCAUCGUUUCUAACACAGGUGUUGGCACCAAAAAAAAUCUCUAUGUUGUCUAUUUUCACACUCCUUAAAUUGUAUUUCAAGAUACUGAACAAAACUAGCACCGUAUUUACAAAGUUAUGACACUUCCCAUUUUUCUCAAGGUAAUGAUUUUGCUUGCAGUUGUGGGUACUGACACCAAUUUCAGUUUAGGAAUAUUGUGAAAAUUACGAUGAACAUAAGUUUCUCAAUCACAUGCAAGAUGCUGCUUUCCCAGGCAUUUUUCACUUGGAGACUCCUGUUUCCUUGCAGUUGGGGCAGAUUUUGCAGCUAGUAUAAGUCAGCACCUGAUUUAUACCUUUGGAGAAUCUGGCCUGUUGUUCUACAUUCCAGCUCAUCAGUUCAAUUUUGUGUUGCUUAUGUUAUUGUAACCCUAACAAGCACAUGAAUGGUUAAUAUAUUUGAGGAAUACUGUCACAAGAUCAUCUUGUGAAAUGAGCAGGGGCA